UGCUUGCUUGCAUUGCAUGCAUUCCGAUUUCUCCUCCCCAACCGCACCACCCAUCCAUCGCAUAACCUCCUCCUCUCCUCUCCUCUCCUCUCCUCCCAUCUACUGCUUACUACUUUAGCUCCCCUUGCUUCAAGCUCAUUGGGCCAUGGAUCUUCCCUUCCCCUCUCCCAGCUAAGCUUGACCGCUUCUUCAUCCACCCACUUCACACACUAGACAUUCAUACAUACACAUACUACUCUUGGCGAUCCGUGAUCGAUCGAUCGAUCGCUUCUUCCUUCACCCAUGUUCAAAUCAGGAGCUCGCUGAUUCGUUUCUUGGUCGAUCGAUCCGCCAUGGACGAUGUGGUCGUGCUCACUACUAGCUCCACACGGCACAGCUGUAAGGUGUGCGGGAAGGGCUUCCCCUGCGGCCGAUCGCUCGGCGGCCACAUGCGCUCCCACGCGCUCGCCGAGGUGGCGGCGGCGGCGGCGGCAGACGAAGAAACCACCGAUUCUGACGAGGACGACGAGCGGCGCUGGAUACAGGGCGGCGCCGCUCGUCCCUCUAUCGUGGGAGCGGGUGGCGCCGGGUAUGGGCUGAGGGAGAACCCCAAGAAGACGCGCCGGCUCUCAAGGUCCCCAGGUGCCGACGACGUCGACGAUGACGAAUAUGACCAGGAGCUCUCGCCAUGCCGACCGGUGUUCGGCCACGUGCGCAGCCAUGCACCGGCCAAUGGGGGUUAUUCUGACGACGAGGACGUCAGAGUGGAGGGGCCGGAGGCGGAGGACAUGCUGAUCCGCACUGAGGCGGCGGUAGUGAUGGCGGGGCCGGCGCCCAGGCGGAGACGGCGCUCGAUGCGCGUGCCGGCGCUCCCGCCGCCACGCGAAGUGUUCGACAAGGAGCCGGAGGACGUUGCGCUGUGCCUCAUCAUGCUAUCGCGCGACACCGGCGGCCUGUGGCGCAAAGAGGAAAAGGGCAGCACGAAGAAGGCUCGGAAUGGCUUCUACCACGACUCCGCCGGCUCCGACGACAACUCGGCCCAGUACGCCGACGCCGAGAUCGCAAAGCAUGGCAAGAAGAGGAAGGCCGCCUCUUCUGCCUACACCGGCGGCGAGAAGCGCGGGCGGUAUGAGUGCCCCGGGUGCGGCAGGGCGUUCCAGUCCUACCAAGCGCUCGGCGGCCACCGCGCCAGCCACAAGCGCAUCAACAGCAACUGCUGCACUACCAAGGUCUUGCUCGAUCAGCCGGAGCCCAGCGUCGAGACUACGGCCUCGUUCAGCACGCCCUCGACGCCGGAUGCCGACGACGCUUAUGGAGCGGUGGCUGCCGUGAAGGCAAAGAAGGCGAUCAAGUUCGAGUGCCCGAUCUGCUUCAAGGUGUUCGGCUCGGGGCAGGCGCUCGGAGGGCACAAGCGAUCUCACUCGAUCGCCGGUGAGCUCUACGACCGCAACCACGCCGACGCUGUCAUUGCCGACACGGAGCAGUCCUUGAUCGCGGCCAGGUUUCUUGAUCUCAAUCUGCCAGCUCCAGGAGCCGAGGAUUAAAUCACUGCCGGACCAACCAAAUUUUGAUCUCACUGGGUAUGUACAGAUUCAGAUUCGAUUCAUUCUUUGGAGUUUCAGGUUAUGGUUGAUCUUGGGGAAAUAAACAACAGCUGCUAUCUUCUCGGGUUCAACAAACUUUCAACCAAUUCUAUAGUUUUAUUCUUUUCUGUAGGCUCGUUUUUGGCUUCUUUUUGCAGAGUGUAAAUAAGCACACGAAGAAUCUGAGUUCAUUCAAUAAAUUGCUUUCAGUUAUCA